GGCGUUCGUUUGUCUUGUUAUUGUUUUUUUUUUCAUCUCCAUUGUUCAUCAUUCAACAGUAACAACUCAUUGCGAAAUUCUUUUAGUUUCGAUUUAUUUAAACGCGAAUUUUGGAAUAAUAUCGAAGUAUACACGUACAAAUUAUAUAAAAUAUGACAAUUUUGCAUCAAAUCAACCAUUUUGGCAGUAAAAUACUACAAAAUUUCACCACAAAUGGACUAAAAUUAAGCGCAACCAGAAAAUCUCUCUGGGGUUAUGUAGCCAUAGCAUUUAACCGGGUAGACACAGAUCGUUUGCUUCAAGUAGGACCUGAUCGCCUGUGCGCCGAGUGGCUUAUCAAAAAUGGUGGUGCUAUACGCACUGUGGAGUUACCCAGCAGGCCGCAUCAAAGUUACAAUGCACUGCCACCGGAAAACAAUCGCUUCAAAAUCAAAGUAGUCGAUGCUACCGGCUCUUCGAUUAUGAAAAUUGGAUUGGAACAUUUUAAGGGCUGUAAUCAUAUUGAUACCGUUAUAUUGCAUGAGUGUAAACAUUUGGAAUCGGAUGGUUUACAGGGAUUGUUGCAUUUAAAGGAAACUUUAAAGGUAUUGCAGGUUUCGGCUUGUGAUAACAUCAGUGAUGAGGGCUUAAUGGUUAUUGGAGAAUUGACAAAUUUGGAAUUGUUAAAGAUAUUCGAAAUGCGUUAUGUUAAGGAUUUGAAAAAGGUCGAGCAAGAUUUGAAGGCAAAGUUGCCUAAUUGCAUCAUGGAAAUUAAGUAAAAAUGAGUGGACGAAAAUUAAGUUAUUUGUUCGAAAAUAUUUUAUUUAUUGACGAAUGAGAAGGAAGCAUAAAUGGAAGUGGCCAAAAAAUGUUAUUUAUUCAGAAUUGUUGUGUAUAAUAAAACUUAUUUAUUGACGAUUA